CCGGUCCUUCGCUGGUUCGUCACUCUUAUUUUUUUGUUCAGAAAUCAACUGUACCCCCUCUGUCAGCGUCUGUCUCUUCAUCAUGAAGGCCGCUAUCCUCCUUGCGGCGGGCUCGCUGCUGGGCCCGGCAAGCGCCGGUGUUCACAAGAUGAAGCUCAAGAAGGUUCCCUUGUCGGAGCAGCUGCAAUAUGCGAACAUCCAGGAGCACGCGAGAGCGCUCGGUCAGAAGUACAUGGGCAUCAAGCCCGAGACCCACGCCGAACAGGUGUUCAAGGCGCCUUAUAUCGCCGAGGGGACACACCCGGUGCCCGUAUCCAACUUCCUGAACGCCCAAUACUUCUCCGAGAUUUCCCUGGGAACCCCUCCGCAGGAGUUUAAAGUCGUCCUCGAUACCGGCAGCUCGAACCUUUGGGUGCCUUCCACGGACUGCAACUCGAUUGCGUGCUAUUUGCACAGCAAGUACGACCAUUCGGCAUCGUCUACAUAUAAGAAGAACGGAUCUUCGUUUGAGAUCCGCUAUGGCUCCGGCUCGCUCAGCGGCUAUGUCUCUCAGGACAUCUUCCGUAUUGGGGACCUGACAGUCAAGCACCAAGACUUUGCUGAGGCUACGUCGGAGCCUGGUCUCGCCUUCGCCUUUGGCAGGUUCGACGGUAUCAUGGGCUUGGGCUACGACACCAUCAGUGUGAACGGCAUUGUCCCACCCUUCUACAAUAUGCUCGACCAGGGCCUUCUGGAUGAGCCCAGGUUUGCCUUCUAUCUUGGCGACACCAACAGUGGCGAGGAGUCCGAGGCCACCUUCGGCGGUAUCAACGAGGACCACUUCAAGGGCAAGCUCACCAAGAUUCCCCUGAGGCGUAAGGCCUACUGGGAGGUGGAUCUCGAUGCCAUCACCUUUGGCGGCAACACUGCUGAGCUCGAGGAUACGGGUGCCAUUCUUGACACUGGCACGUCCCUCAUUGCCCUUCCUUCUACGCUUGCCGAGCUUCUGAACAAGGAGAUUGGCGCGAAGAAGUCGUUCAAUGGGCAGUACACGGUAGAGUGCGACAAGCGUGAUGGUCUGCCGGACCUGACUUUCACGCUCACGGGCCACAACUUCACCAUCGGCCCUUAUGACUAUAUCCUCGAAGUUCAGGGCUCGUGCAUCUCGGCCUUCAUGGGCAUGGACUUCCCUGAGCCGGUUGGCCCGCUUGCCAUUCUCGGAGAUGCCUUCCUGAGGCAGUGGUAUUCUGUCUAUGACCUCGGCACCAACAGCGUUGGCCUCGCCAAGUCGAAGUGAAGAUGAAGCUGUAGACUUACUUGCCGCGUUGCUCAGAUUGACAGAGAAGAUUAAGUUGAGGCAAGGCCGGUGAGGAACGCACAUAUUUAGUUGCAGUGGUUUCCUUUUGUAUUUGCUCAUGGGAGCUGUGUAUUGUGUUACCAUAUGAUGAAUAUAUCCACUUUGCAGGUGGCAGACCAUGG